GAAUAAUCACUCUUAACAUGGAGCCUUCUCAAGACAGUAUAAUCUGGUAGAUCCUGACCUUUCGCUACAUAAAUACUCGCUCCCACCCCAUACUUCCUCUGACAGACAACACAUCACCCACUCACUUCAUUCACCAACACCCUGUCAAACCUGCCAUAACCCCACCAUGCAGAAAGCACUCAUCGUGACCGAGCUAGAUGCACCGGUCACCCUCACAACUAACUGGCCGAUCCCCGAGCCCAACCAAAACCAAGUUCAAGUGAAAGUGACCGUCGCGGGCCUGAACCCUCACGACCAGAAGAGCCGCGACUGGGGUCUCUUCAUUCUCCGCGAUCUCACCCCUGAAAGCUCUCGCGCCAGCGACCUCCCUUCGGUCCUUACCAGCGACGUCGUCGGCAAAGUUACCAAGCUGGGUCCAGGCGUUACUGAUCUCGCGAUCGGCGAUCGAAUUGUAUACCAAUCCUCUUUCGCGCCGGGCUCGACGCAGAAUGGGCUCCAGGAAUACGCUGUCGCAGAUAUACGUGCCCUCGCUAAGAUCCCGGAUUCUAUUACAGACGAUGAGGCUGCGACUCUUCCGACAAAUAUCAUCACCUCGUUCGUGGCGUUAUUCGACACGCUACAGAUCCUCACCCCGUGGUCCGCCGCGUCUAAGCAAUUCGGCUCCGCGAACACCGCAAUCCUCAUCAUCGGAGGCGGGUCUAACUGCGGCCAAUUCGGCGUUCAACUGGCCAAGCUGGCGGGUAUCGGACGCAUCGUGGUCGUCGGCGGUGACCGCGACAAGCUGAUCUCAUUCGGCGCGACGCAUGUCAUCGACCGCCAUGCUGGAUACGAGUCAAUCCUGGCAGAGAUCCGCGAUAUAGUCGGUGAUGACCUGCUGUACGCGUAUGACGCUAUCAACCCUUUGGAAGGCCAGCUGCUGGCGCUGAAUGCGCUGUCGGGGAGCAAGAAGGGGGCACUGGCUCGUUUGAUACCUCGUGGGAAGGUUGAUGAGUCGAGGGUUUUGGGCAAGAUGGCAGGGUUUGAUGUGCGUGAUCUUUUUGGUAGCUCGCAUGCGCAUCCAGAGUUUGCGGCGGAGCUUUGGUCUCGGGUAUCUGGUUUUCUGGAGAGUGGGCAGAUUAAGCCGUUGGAUUAUGUGGUGAAGAAGGGGUUGGAUGCUGGUGUUGUCAAUGGGGUGUUGGAUGCAUAUAAGGAUGGGGAAAGGGUUGCGAGGACUCAUGUUCAUGUAUCUGAAGACUGAUCUUAUGUUUCAGAUAGGCUAGGCCUUUAGUGGUUGGAUUAUGUUAGGUAGUUGAAUUAAAACUCGAUACAUCUAUUGAAAUUCCUUUUCGAU